AUGAAGUUACAGAGUCUGAUCUUGGCGGCUAUUUUCUUCAACCUUGCAUGUACGCAGAUGGUUAAGGGGCAACCACGCAAGGAUUGCCAAACUAGAUGUGGCAACAUCACAAUCGAGUACCCUUUCGGCAUUUCUACAGGUUGUUACUAUGCCGAAGAUCGAAGUUUCAGUCUCACAUGUAACGAGGAAGGGAAGCUAUUCUUUGGCAACAUGCACGUAACCAACAUUUCUCACAACGGCCAGCUGCGUGUCCAGUUUAAUAGGUCUUACACUUGCUACGACAGACAAGGAAAGUUGAGUGUUGAGAUAUACUACAAUUAUACGCUGGCUAACUUAUCUGUCGCCACCAACAACAAGUUUACUUUGGUAGGUUGUAACGCUUAUGCACUUCUGACCACUUUUGGUGACCAAAGUUACUCUACUGGAUGCAUGUCAUUAUGCAAUUCUCGCCCGGCACCAACUAGAGUAUGUAAUGGUCAAGGUUGCUGCGAGACGUCUAUCCCUUUGGAUAAGGAAGUAUUCAGAACUAGAUCGUUGAAAUUCAGAACAAGUUCUAAACGCUUCGCCAUGACGACUUCUGUGUUGUAUGACUUUAAUCCUUGCACCUACGCCUUUCUUGUUGAGGAUGGUAAGUUUAACUUCAGUUCUACAGAAGAUCUUCGGAAUCUGCGGAAUGUCACGGACUUCCCUGUGGUACUAGACUGGUCUAUUGGAAAUCAGACAUGCGAGCAAGUUGUAGGCAGGCGCAUAUGCGGUGAGAACACCGAGUGUUUCAAUUCUACUCGUGGAAUCGGAUAUCAAUGUAGAUGUACAGAAGGUUUUGAGGGGAAUCCCUACCUUCCAGACGGUUGCAAAGAUAUCGAUGAAUGUACUCAUACUAUCCGAGGACAUAAUUGUUCGGAUCACAGCACCUGUGAGAACAUCCCUGGAAGCUUUCUUUGUAAUUGCAAAUCUGGUUACGACUUAGAUACCACCACUAAUAUCUGCAUGCCAAAAGACCGGCCUGAAUACUAUAAAUGGACUCAAAUUGUUCUUGGAACCACCAUCGGCUUCUUGGCCAUCCUGCUUGUUGUUGGCUGUAUACAACAGAGGAUGAAGCAACGGAACGACACCAGACUCCGACAACAAUUCUUCGAGCAAAACGGCGGUGGUAUGUUGAUACAGAGACUCUCAGGAGCAGGGUCCUCAAACGUUGAUGUCCAAAUCUUCACUGAGAAAGGCAUGAAGGAAGCAACCAAUGGUUAUGACGACAGCAGAAUCCUGGGCCAGGGAGGCCAAGGAACUGUCUACAAAGGGAUAUUACCAGACAACUCCAUAGUUGCUAUAAAGAAGGCUCGCCUUGGAGACUGUAGCCAAGUAGAGCAGUUCAUCAACGAAGUGCUCGUGCUUUCAAAAAUCAACCAUAGGAAUGUGGUCAAGCUCUUGGGCUGCUGUCUAGAGACUGAAGUUCCCUUUUUGGUCUAUGAGUUCAUCGCCAGUGGCACCCUUUUUGAUCACUUGCACGGUUCCAUGUUUGAUUCCUCCUUUACAUGGGAACAUCGCCUGAGGAUAGCAAUAGAAGUCGCUGGAACUCUCGCAUAUCUUCAUUCCUCUGCUUCUAUUCCAAUCAUCCACCGCGAUGUCAAGACUGCUAACAUUCUCCUGGAUGAAAACUUGACUGCAAAAGUAGCCGACUUUGGGGCUUCAAGACUGAUACCGAUGGAUAAAGAGCAGCUCACAACUAUGGUGCAAGGAACUCUAGGCUACUUAGACCCAGAAUACUACCACACGGGGUCGCUGAACGAAAAAAGCGAUGUCUAUAGCUUUGGGGUAGUCCUCAUGGAACUGAUCUCCGGUCAAAAGGCAUUGUGCUUUGAAAGGCCACAGUACUCAAAACAUCUGGUCAGUUACUUUGCUUCUGCCACAAAAGAGAAUAGGUUGCACGAGGUUAUUGAUGGGCAAGUGAUGAACGAGGGUAAUCAGAGAGAGAUCCAGGAAGCUGCAAGAGUUGCUGUUGAGUGUACAAGAUUGACGGGGGAGGAAAGGCCAAGGAUGAAGGAAGUAGCUGCAGUUCUUGAGGGCUUGGUAGCCACUAAAACCAAACAUCAGUGGUCGGAUCAGUAUCCUGAGACAAAGGAAAGUAAUUACUUGCUCGGUGUUGAAAUCUUAUCAGCACAAGGAGAAACUAGUAGCACUGGCUAUGACAGCAUCAAGAAUGUAGCAUACUGGGACAUCGAAGCUGGCCGCUGAUAUUUGUCUGAAAAAAAUCACAGGUAUGUCUUUGUUUGUGAAAGUAUAAAGUCAUUUCUAUAUUGCUUUCUCUCCUCUUUUGUCCUCGUAAAAUCCAGUGUAUCAAAACAUAUACAUUCAAGAAUAUUUAUGCUUCGAGAGAUUUAUGUAGACCAUCAAUAUUAAUAAUUCCCCUGAA